AUAACGAGAAGGAAGAUUCAUCCAUCCCCUCUCAGACAGAGGAGAGAGAGAGAGGACAAGGAGGAGGAGGAGGAGAAGAAGAAGAAGCAGAGAGAGAGAAGGAAUGGAAAUUGUUGCGUGUCUUUUGGCUCGACGGCGGAGGCUGCUGCGGCUAACUGCUCGAAUCACAUAACUGCCACCGGGGACCCGACCCGUUUCGCUUCCAUUUCAACCCAACUCAACGCUGGUCCUACUCCUUCUUCAUCUUCUUCUUAGUCCCGAGCUCCCCCGAAAGAAAGGAUUUUGAAGGAGCAGAGGAGAUGGAAGUCUUGUUGAACUUUCAGUCGGUGGAUGAGGUUGUGGGGGAGAUCAUGAGGAUCCACAGAUCUCUCCCUGCUCGGCCUUCGAUUGACGAGGUCGAGGCCGCUAGGUCCCUGAUUCGCAGCGUCGAGAAGGAGGAUCAGGUCCGGCUGGACGCCGUUGGGAGGCAGACCAAGGGGGUAGAUGUCCCCGAGGAGCUUUUCAUGAUCCUGCUGGAGAUGCAGAGGAACCUUCUUUAUUUCCAGAGCAAGGAGCAGAAGCGGGAAGCCGUGAAGCUCCUCGAACUCGAGCAUGCCCACGCCCUUUUCGACGAGUACAUUCAGCGGGCCUCUGAGUGCCUCUCCUCGGGUUCGGGCUCUCAGAAGACAAGCAGCUACUCCAAUGGCUCUGCGCCGAACGCCGCCAGCGGCCCACCAAGGGCUGCUGCUUCCCCUGCUCCCUCCUCUUCAGGGAUCUCUGUUGGUGCACCAGGUAAGCCCUCCAAGGGCACUUCUCCGAGCUUGUAUUACUCCGAGAGAGAGCCAUCAAAGAGUGGCGAAUUGUUCACUAGAGACGACAGUUAUGUGAAAAAGGCCAAGUCGUCCUUCUACACAGACGGCAUUGGGGCGGGCCCCGGUGUUUCGACCAUGCCCCAGAUACAGGAUUCAACUCUAAAGGCUGGAAGCUCUUUAGGUCAAGAUGGUGAUAAAUUGAGUUUGAUAAAGCUCGCGAGCCUGAUCGAAGUAUCAGCAAAGAAGGGCACUCAAGAGCUUAACCUCCAGAGCAAGCUAAUGGACCAAAUUGACUGGCUUCCUGAUUCAAUCGGGAAAUUAUCAGGCUUGCUCCGAUUAAACCUAUCGGAGAAUCGGCUGCUUGCUCUCCCUUCAACGAUCGGAGGCCUCUCAUCCCUAACAAAACUGGACCUGCACGGUAAUCGUAUAAUGGAACUCCCUGAGACCCUUGGAGAUCUUCUCAGCCUGGUCUUCCUAGACCUGAGUGGGAACCAAUUAUCUUCUCUUCCUACAACCUUCGGGAGGCUUAUCCGUCUGGAGGAGCUUAACUUAUCCUCUAAUCAGCUCUCUGUUCUCCCCGACUCAGUAGGAUCGCUUGUGAGCCUGAAGAUAUUGAAUAUCGAGACGAAUGACAUUGAGGAACUUCCACACACUAUCGGGCAGUGCUCUUCGCUAAGAGAACUCAGGGUAGAUUACAACCGACUCAAGGCCCUUCCUGAGGCUGUCGGAAAGAUAACAACCCUAGAGGUCCUGUCUGUCCGCUACAACAACAUAAGACAGUUGCCUACUACGAUGUCCUCUCUCAUGAACCUGAAGGAGCUAGAUGUGAGCUUCAACGAGCUCGAGUCUGUGCCUGAGAGCUUGGGUUUGGCGACCACACUCGUGAAGUUGAACAUAGGGAACAACUUCGCUGAUCUCAGGCAUCUCCCGAGGUCAAUCGGGAAUCUCGAGAUGCUUGAGGAACUGGACAUCAGCAAUAACCAAAUACGUGCCCUGCCCGACUCGUUCCGGAUGUUAACAAGGCUUCGCAUCCUACGCAUUGAGGAGAACCCCUUAGAGGUUCCGCCAAGACAUAUUGCAGAGAAGGGUGCGCAGGCGGUUGUGCAGUACAUGGCUGAGCUUGUCGAGAACAGAGACAAGCCGCAGCCUGUGAAGCAGAAGAAAGGGUGGUGUCAGAUGUGCUUCUUCUCGAGGCCUAAUAAACGGAAGCAUGGGAGUAUGGACUACAUCAAAGCCUGACUGGUGCGGAUGUAUUAAGAUGAAUCAUCAGCGGAUAUUGUCCGAUGUGUCUAAGAGAGAGAUCAUUGCAGCGAGCCUAAAUCAACGGGUUAAUCCAACCAUGGAAAGAGCGAUCUCACCGCAAAGAUUCUGGAGCAGCUUCUUCCGACUCUUGCUCUCGAAACUGUAGAUUUUUCGGUACUAUCUACCUUCUUCUUCUUCUUCAUAUUACAGAUUCGGUUCAGUUCUUUCUUUUCUUCAUUGCAUUUGAUUCUGUAUUCUCCAGUGUUCUCGAACUUAAAUUGAGGUGUACAAUUUAGUCGGCAUAAAGAAAUUCACGAAACGAACAUGUACUCUGUAAACUCUUGUAUCCUAUUCAACCCACUUCCCAAUUGUUGUAUUGAAGUUCUAAAGUAUCGAAUCCCCUUCUUCGCUCU